AUGUCGGGACAGUCUUUGACGGACCGGAUCGCCGCCGCGCAGCACAGCAUGACCGGGUCUGCCAUCAGCAAAGCCGUCUGCAAGGCCACGACGCACGAAGUCAGCGGACCCAAGAAGAAGCACCUUGACUACCUGAUCCACUGCACCAAUGAGCUGAAUGUCAGCAUCCCCCACCUGGCAGACACACUGCUGGAGCGCACGGCUAGCAACAGCUGGAUUGUGGUUUUCAAAGCGCUCAUCACCACACACCACCUCAUGAUGUACGGCAACGAGAGAUUGAUGCAGUACCUUGCCUCCAGAAACACGCUCUUCAACCUCAACAACUUUCUAGAUAAGGCUGCACUACAAGGCUACAACAUGUCAACCUUCAUCAGACGCUACAGCCGCUACCUGAACGAAAAAGCCAUGUCUUACAGACUAGCAGCAGUGGACUUCACCAAGAUGAAGAGAGGGGCUGACGGUGUGAUGCGCACCAUGAACACAGAGAAGCUGAUUAAGACUCUGCCCAUCAUUCAGACACAGCUGGAUGCACUGCUGGAUUUCCAGCCCAACUCCAACGAGCUGACAAACGGAGUGAUCAACACAGCCUUCAUGCUGCUGUUCAAAGACUCCAUACGGUUGUUUGCUGCGUACAACGAAGGCGUCAUCAACAUGUUGGAGAAGUACUUUGACAUGAAGAAGAACCAGUGCAAAGAAGCGUUGGAGAUCUACAAGACCUUCCUCAACAGGAUGACCAAACUGUCCGAGUUUCUCAAAGUGGCAGAGCGAGUUGGGAUAGAUCAGGGCGACAGCCCCGAUCUCACACAGGCUCCCAGCUCUCUCCUGGAGGCUCUGGAGCAGCAUUUAGCCUCUCUGGAGGGGAGGAAGCUCAAGGACCUCUCCACCGCCAGCAGAUCCAGCACCUUGUCCAGUGCUGUGUCGUCUCUCUCCAGCACGGGGAUCUCUCUGAGCCGUAUGGACGACAAGACGGAGGACAACCGACUGCAGCAACACAAGGAGGACGGCCAUAAGGUGAUCGACAUUCAGACGCCUAAUGUUUCACCCAGCACCCAGUCAGUGGGCAGUGCCAACAGCAGCGGAGGGGCCACAGACCUCUUCUCCAACUCACCCAUCGUACCUGUCAACAACCAUGUGCCAAACCUGACCAGUGAGCUGUUCACCCUGCAGCCUAACUUCACCCCCAUCCAGACCACACACACUGUGCCCAACAAUAACAAUGCCUGGGGAGGUGACCUGCUGAAGCCAUCCCCACCCACUCAAAUUCACAGCCCCGGAGCCCCAUUGCACUCUGGGAAAAUGCUGCCAAACGAUUUGGACUCUUCAUUAGCCAACCUCGUUGGCAACCUGCAGUUUGGGGGGACGCCAGCUAAAAAGCCAGAGCUCCAGUGGAGUCAGCUCGUAGAGAAGAAACCCACAGGAGGAAGCGGCUGGCAGUCGAAGACCAUGUGCACCAGCACCAACUGGACUCACACCACUCAUCCCAUGGCACCUGCGCCCAUGCCCGUCCCUCAAAUGAAUGGGAUGAUCUAUACUGGCUAUGCUCCAGCACCAGUGGCUUUUCCUAUGACGACACCCCAAGUGCCUGUGUAUGGAAUGCUCCCCCCUCAGAUGAGUCAUCAGAUGGGGGGCGUUCCCAUGAUGCCCCCGCAGCCUGUCAUGUACAACCAGCCUGUCCUGAGACCCACCAAUCCUUUUGGACCCAUCCCGGGAACACAGAUGCACUUCAUGUAGAGAUGAUGUUGUAACCAUGGCAGCAA